CGGCAAAUUCGCCGGCAUUACAAUGUCCACAAAACAAGCAAGGAUAUGCCUACUCUUACGUACGACCAUUAGAAUUCACGGAUUCUAUGGAAGAGAAUUGGAAAUUGUGGGUCCAAAAAUUUAAAAUAUUUCUUCUUGCCGAGGACCUUGAAGCAGUUUCCGAUGACCGUAAAAUAGCUCUGCUGCUCCAUAACAUGGGUGACAAGGGUGUAGAAAUAUACAAUUCGUUUAAUUUAGAGCCAAAGCAAACCUUUGAAGAAGUCCUAAAGAAAUUUAAUGCAUAUUUCAUUCCAAAAGUUAACAUCACGAUGCAACGCCAUAAAUUUUUUACAAGGGCACAAGGACCUACAGAGUCCUUCGACGAUUUCCUUACUGACCUUCAGAACAGAAGUAUGACAUGCAACUUCAGUGACAAGAGAGAGGAACUCGUGAGAGACGUUAUCGUCAUAGGUCUAGCUAAUACCGCUAUGAAGGAGAGGCUUCUGCGCACGGAGGAUCUGACUCUGCAGAAGACCAUCACCAUGUGCAGAGCUGCGGAAUUGUCUCAAAAACAAGUUACGGAACUAACGAAUGAGAUAGCUGCGACCUCCGUGCUCAACGUCAGCACUGUGCCAGUACAUAACGUCAACAAUGUCAAUACUUCAAGAACAAGAAGCGUCAAGACAAGAAAAUGCUAUCGCUGCGGAAAUAACUGGGAUCGCACGCAUCAAUGCCCAGCUAUAGGUUGCAAGUGCCAGAAGUGUGGUAUUCCUAAUCAUUUUGCGAAGGUUUGCAGAAACAAACAGGUUGCAGCCAUAACAGAGAAGCAGGUUGAAGACGACAGCGAGGAGUCCUUCUUCGUUGGCUGUAUCAACAGUGAGUGUGAAUGCGAAUGAAAAUGCAAUUCCCAGAGCCGAUCCACCUCGUCGGGUCCCUAUAGCACUAAGACAGAGCCUUAAGGACGAGUUGGACAAUAUGGUGAGACAGCAAAUAAUCACCAAAAAUGAGGAUCCGAUGGAGUGGGUCAACUCAACUGUUGUAACCAAAAAGAAAAACAAUAAAAUACGCGUAUGUAUUGACCCUCGGUACUUAAAUAAAUUCAUUAUCAGAAAACACAAGCAAUUGCCAACGGUUGAUGACAUACUAGAUAAGUUAUCAGGCUCUAAGUAUUUUUCUAAAUUUGACUGUAGCAGUGGGUUUUGGACAGUACAGCUUGACUCAGAAAGUUCAAAGUUAUGCACGUUUUCUACUCCAUUUGGUAACUACUCCUAUAAACGAUUGCCAUUUGGACUUUCUGUGUCAACAGAAGCAUUUCAGGAACGCAUGGAAGAGACUUUUAGUGAUAUUGAUAAUGUACAAUUUUAUGUCGAUGAUUUAAUAAUUUAUGCCAGCACCGUGGAAGAACAUAAUAAAGUGUUACUAAAUGUAUUGAAAAGAGCUCAAGAAUGUAAUGUCAAAUUCAAUAGGGAGAAGUCCCAAGUUCUGCGUAAAGAAAUUUCAUUUCUUGGCAUGAUUGUAAGUGACCAAGGGGUUAAACCUGAUCCAAUUAAAGUAAUGGCCAUUUCCGAAUUAAAAUGCAUUCAUGAUAAGAAAGAACUUGAACGAUUUCUAGGAAUGACAAAUUACCUGUCAAAAUUUAUCAACAAUUACUCGACUAUUACAAGCCCGUUGCGCGAGCUUCUUAAAAAAGACAUAUUAUUUCAAUGGCUUCCUUCUCAUGAAAAUGCUUUUAAUAAACUUAAGGAGGCAUUAACGAACGCUCCCACGCUUAAAUUAUUUGACAGCAAUAAAGAUGUAGUCGUUUCGGUAGAUUGCAGCUCGGAAGGAGUAGGCGCUUGUCUUUUACAAGACAGACAGCCUAUUGCAUAUGCUUCUAAGGCGCUAACUGAAUGUCAGAAAGGUUAUGCCCAGGUUGAACGCGAGAUGUUUGCUAUUGUAUUUGGAUGCAUCAAAUUCCAUAAGUAUAUUUUAGGAAAACAUACCCUAGUUGAAACUGAUCAUUCGGCAUUAGAAAUUUUAUUUAAAAAACCCCUGUCUUUAGUACCUGCAAGACUACAAAGAAUGAUGCUUAAAAUACAAGGGUAUGACAUUACUGUUAAGUAUGUACCUGGAAAACAAAUGUAUAUAUCAGAUUUUCUCAGUCGCUCUUUCCUAGUUGACAAGAAUGAUGAGACAAAGGAAUUUGAUGAAGAGUUUAAUAAAGAAAUUAUUUGUCAUGUUGAGGUCAUGAUAGAUUCGUUGCCUAUUUCAAGUGACAGGCGACAACUCAUUGCCAUGAAAACGAACGAGGAUGCCACAUUGUCCUGUUUAAAAGAUUAUAUUCAUAAUGGUUGGCCAAAUUCUAAGAACAAUCUAAAUGAAUUAGUAAAACCUUUCUGGAAUUUUCGCAAUGAAUUGUCCCUAGUCGACCAAAUAAUUUUAAGAAAUAAUCUUAUUGUGAUACCAGUAGCAUUACAAAAAAUGAUGUUAGAAAUUAUUCAUGAAGGUCACUUAGGAUUAAAUACAUGUCUUCGUAGAGCUAAAAACGUUCUAUUUUGGCCUGGAUUGACAAGUCAAAUUAAAGAACUCUGCAACAACUGUCAAACAUGUGCCUUAUUUAGGAAAAACAAUACUAAAGAACCAAUUCAAUUUCAUGACAUACCUAGACUACCAUGGCUAAAGUUAGGCACUGAUCUUUUUGAAUUUAAUAAACAAUACUAUCUGGUUGUUGUAGACUAUUACAGUAAAUUUUUUGAAGUUGCUCGAUUAAAUGACUUGUCUUCAGGAACCAUCAUCAAUCAUAUUAAGUCUAUGAUAGCUAGACAUGGUUGUCCUUUA